ACUGCCAGUCAGCUGUCCCAAAGGUAGGAAGCUUCUCUCUAAACGCAGGAAUAAUCCAUUCCCCCCUGAAGAAUCUUCUCUCCUUCACCUCAUCCCACUUCUCUCCCUAACCUGCCCCCUUUGCCUUCCAACCGCCUUCCCUAAUCUCCCAGCUCCAAGGGGAGGCAAAAAACGUAUAUAAGCAAAAGCAAGGAAGUGAAAUACCCAGCCCAAAAAAAAAAAAAGGGAUGGCAUCAAAUGGAAAUGAUGGGGACAUAAAAUCAUCAUUUUCUUUCUCAGAUUUCCCAGAAGAUGUGCAGAUCUGCAUCUUAUCAUUCCUCGACCAAUCAGAGCUCGGCACGUUCGCUUCCACCUCAAAACGCUUCCUUUCUUUGUGCCGCCACGACCAGCGGCUCUGGUUCUCUAUGUGCGACCGCAGGUGGGGCCGCUCUAAAACCCUCAUCAAUAAAUGGGGCAACGGUAAAAUCUCUUAUAAACUUCUCUACAAAACCCUUCUUGAAUACGAAAAUCUAAUUGGAUUUUGGCGCCGGUGUGGCACCUCGGCCGGCACUGCCGUUCAACCCUCGUCGCCGCUGGUUUUCUUCGAGUGGGGCCCCUUUUAUAUCACGGGUUCAAGGGUUUCUCCCUCGAAAACUCGUACUUAUGAGGUAAUAAAGUUGCCUUUCUUAUGGAUUAGUUUAACAUCUAAAGGUGAGUCCAUAAAUUAUCUUGAUCCCGAGGGCAAGCUGGAAUUAUCUGAGAAUUUAGUUGAUUCAGGCGAAUUGUCGGUUUUAGAUAAUGAUUUGAUUCCUGUGAAUGUGAGUUUUAUGGGGAAAUGUCAUGUUGUGCUUGAGGAAAGUGUGAUUUCUAUUGGCAAUAGUUUGAAUUCAAGUUCGAGUCCAAAUGGGAGGUUUAUUAAGGUGCAUAGUUCAGGAAAUGUGAGGGGGAAGGAGUAUGAGGAUGUUAGUGGAUCCCCUGGGAGCUUACCAGAUCGUUUAAUGUCAGAAAUUUAUCAGCAUUUUGCAAAUAGGACGAGUCCAGGUGGUAAUGGUUCGUCAAGGAGGCAGAGGAGGAAGGAAAAGGAAAAACAGGGAAGGAGAAAGUUGGAGCCAGAGCAUUUUGUCAAGAUCGUUAAUUGCUCGCCCACACCUGCCCGACCUUUGCAGGGUUUGUGGAAGGGCAUUGGUGAUGAUAUGAGUUUGGAAUUUUAUUUGACAAGCUAUGAUGACAUUGGGGGUAUAGCAUGCCGAAGGAUUGAAGACUCAUCUAGACCAUUUAAUGGUUAUAACCCAGUAUUUUGGACGUCAAGUACGACCUUGAUUGAGCCUCCCUUUUCUGCUGAAGAAGAAUAUGAGUAUCAUAGUCGUGUACAUCUGAGGCCACCUGCGGAGGCUGAUGACUGCCAUGAUCAUCUGCAGCGUUCAGAUCAUGGUGCUGUGUCACGCAUGCUUCACAUGACCUCAAGUUAUGAUUUGGUUAUUCCAGGCACCACUAUAAAUCCUCGGCAGGUUGAGGGAAGAAUUUGGCAGUAUAGAAAUGGGACGUAUGGAUUUGGAUUUCUUCGCAACAAUUAUGUUAUAGAUCUCAAACAUAUAGCUCAAGAUGGGCACCUUCUUGAUACAAUGGAAUUUUCUAAUGAUUGAUCCUUCAUGGAUCACCCCAACUACAGACAAUGAAACGGAAUAUGUUAUGCUUCAUUCAAUUGUCAUUGUACAGAUUUUUCUUGCUGUUAUUAGGUGCCCAAUGGGCCUUUGUGACGACUUAUUUACUGGAAGAAUCUCUCUUCUGAAACUUUUCUAGUUUUUGCUAUUUUGCACUGUAUAACACCCCACUAUUUUGAAACAUGUCCUUUUAUUUCUCUUUAUA